AUGGCAGAUUAGCAAAAAUAGCAUUCAUAACUUAACUCAACGCCACAGAAAAACGAGGAAUUCAAAAAACCUCCAGUACCUCCGAAGAAAAAACUAUUUGUUUGCUGCGCAUCCUAAUAAAAUAAGCUGUAGGAUAAGGAUAAACCCAUAGCUGUUGAGACCCCUUAGUAAAAAUCAAUAUUUGAGGCUAUUAACACUGACACUGAUAAGCAAAGACGCCCUGAACCCAGAAAACUCUCUCAUAUUAAAUCUAAUUCACUAAUGAUGUCAAAUGCUCAAUAGGAAUCGCAGGCAUCAAUCAGUAAUAAUUUAGAGAUUGAUCCUAAAUAUAAUUCUCUAACUAAGAGUGAAAAAGUAAAGGAUGAUAAGUAAAAUGGGAGAAUAUCUAUAAGAAGUAAUAACAUCAAAUUCUAGAAUGAGGAUGCAAGGAAAAUAAAAAAUUCUCCAUCAGAUGACGGCUUUUUAUAAGUUGACGAGAUUGCAUGUGACUUGGAUGAAGAUGUAGAUAACGAGCAUUACUCAGAUCGCAAUAUAAAUAAUAGUCAAUUCGUAAACAAGCUUAGAGAUUUUUCAUCCUUUAAUCCCUCGGGAAAUAAAGGAAAGGAGAAGUUCAACUACACAUCCAGUACGCUAAUGGCAUAAAACAAUGCAGACAUAAAAAGAAAAGCCAAAAGAGCUUCCCUAAACGGAACAGAUUAAAAUAUAGUUGGAAAUCAAAAUGCUCAAUUACUAUUGAUAGGAAAAGAUUAAGCUAUCCAUGGCUAUAACUCUACUAGGAAUAAUUAAACUUCAAAAUUUAAUAAUUAGGAUUUUUAAUUCUCCCACGGAAAUAGUCCAGAAUAGCAGCAUCCUGAAAUCUUUGAAUAAAAUAUGAUUAGUCCAGAGGCAUAAGUAAUUGAUGACAAAAACAUAUAUCUAAAAGUGAACGAGAAAUCUCACAGAAAGACAUUUUCAGUUUAAUCGAAUUAAGGAGCUAAAAAGCUUUAAUUAUCACCUCAUUAGCUAAUCAAAGAUUCUACUGCAAUGUCCAGUGCACCUAAAUAUUAAACAAAUUAACUACAGAUUAACUUGAUUAAUAAAUUGGAAUAGAUAUACGUAUCCUAAGCCUCUCAUCGAUCUAUAUCUUCAUCCCAAACAAAUCAAGCCAAUAAAUAGCCCUUUUCUAAUACGCCCUCUUAGCAGCUGAAUUAGAGUAUUUUAGCAAGUAAAUAACUUGAAGAAUCUAAAUUUUUGUCAGUAAAAGAUGAUAAAAUCAAAGAUGUAAACAAUGGAAGCUAGAGGAAUAAUAGCCCACCUGUGUAAAGGAUUCAAGCGGAUUCUCAAGAUUCUUAAAGUAAUUUUUAUUCUGCAAAUAGAUCUACUCAUUCUGAGAAAGCUGGAUAAUCUACAGCUACUGCAAGCCAUCUUUCCUUUAUUUUCAAAAAGCUAGAAAAUAAUGACCAACACAAUGCCAACUCAAAGUACACGUAUGACUGUGGGUACAGAUCCAGUAAUAUUCUCCUCUUUUUAAUGAUAUGUCAUUAGUCCAUAUAAAUUCAAUUUUUCAUGACUCUAUUGCAAGAAAAAGAGGAAGCAAUGAAGCAGUAGAAAUAAAAGUUGAAGUAACUUAGACAUAAAGUCAAAUAAUCUACUUAUAAAUACACCAAAGUUAAUAUGAGACUAAAACAUAUUUGCUAGGAUAAUAUGGAUAUCAUGAAUUUCAUGAACGUAAUGAUGACAUCUAAAUUGCUUUAAGCAAAUAAUUUCAAAGAAUGA